AUCAACCAUGCCAGCCUAGCUAGCAGACCGAAAUGGAAUGCAUUGCAUGCUCAACAAUAGAUAGAUUUGCUUCCUUGAGAAUCCAAGUUCCACUCUGUUUUAAUUUGCACACAACCUGCAGCGUUUUGCUUGCAUUCCCAGUUUUUUGAAACUAACUGCUCCUGCUCUGGGGCUCUGGGCUGGAGGAGAUUGCAGCUUGGGGCACAGGUGGCCAAAUUGGGCCGGGUCACGACAUGUGCUGGUACAUGGGCCUAUAAGACACAUUCGAAUUGGACCAGGCAGGUGUCACAUUAACACCAUGUUACAUACAUGUUACUCUCUACCCCUCAAAAAAAAAUGUUACAUACAUGUUACUCCCUAUAUAGAAUAGAAUAGCAUGAUAAGAAUCGGUAUGCAAGAGACGGGGGGAAAAGGAAGGAAGGAUUGACAGGAAUGGAAUGGAAUCUGGACAGGGAAAGGAAGGGACAACUCCCUAGCUGCAAGUCUGCAUUGCAACGCAAGCAAGGUGGUUUACCUUACCUAGCUUGUUGCUCGGGACCUCUCGUAUUCUUUGGUUUCGAUCUCUCCACCCCCACGCUAAACAAGCUAGCUAUUAAAUCGGCUCUGCUGUGCCGCCCUGUGGUGCAUGCAUGUAUCAUCAACAGCUCAACAUGGAGAAGCUGAAAUUGCUGCCUCUCCUCUGCUUCUUGCUCUUGUCGGGUGCCGCGGAUUCUGCCCGCGUCUUCACCAUCAUCAACCAGUGCAAGACGGUGAUCUGGCCGGCGGUGACCCCCGGCGAGAGCUUCGGCGGCGGCGGGUUCGCGCUCCGGCCCGGGCAGUCGAUGGUGUUCACGGCGCCCGUGGGGUGGUCGGGCCGCAUCUGGGGCCGCACCGACUGCAGCUUCGACGCGUCCGGCAACGGCUCCUGCGCCACGGGCUCCUGCGGCUCCUCGCUCCGCUGCGGCGCCUCGGGGGCGCCUCCGGCCAGCCUCGCCGAGUUCACGCUCGCCGCCGUCGACUACUACGACGUGAGCCUGGUGGACGGCUUCAACCUGCCCAUGGUGAUCAAGCCGGUGGGCGGGCAGGGUGGCAACUGCAGCGCGGCGGGGUGCGACGGCGACCUGCGGCAGACGUGCCCGCCGGAGCUGGCGGUCAAGGUCGGCGGGCGCACGGUGGCGUGCCGGAGCGCCUGCGACGUGUUCGACACGGACCAGUACUGCUGCCGGGGCCAGUUCGGGAACCCGGGGACGUGCCAGCCCACCUUCUACUCGAAGAAGUUCAAGGCGGCGUGCCCCACCGCCUACAGCUACGCCUACGACGACCCCAGCAGCAUCUUCACCUGCUCCAACGCCGACUACAUCAUCACCUUCUGCUCCAACACCAAGCAGUCGGCCUGCUCCUACCACAACAACCGCCUGGUGUGCUCAUCAUCAUCCAGACGGAGCGGCGGCGGCUCAACCCUCAUCAUGCUGCUCUUCACUAGUGUUUUCGCACUACUACUGCACUAGCAGUUUAAUUAUCGGAGCCUAAUUGACGAUACCACAGGAUUAAUUGUUCCCUGCUUUAAUUCAUUGUUUGUCCUUUAUUUCUACUACUAGCUAGUCAUGCAUGCAUGGUUGAUCAGUGCUAGCAGUCGACAAAUCACAUGAUUACACUAGUGCAUGUAGUAGGCAAACAAAAUCCCCAAAUUACUAGCGCGAGCAGUAGUGCCGCGCGGGGAGCAGCGCGGCCAGCUAGCAGCGCUUGUCCGAGGACAAGGGGGCUACGGCGGCAGGCGCACAGCCAGCAACUACAGUAUCCCAGUGCAGGGAGGAGCGUGUGGCGCAUGCCACCGUUUCUGGAGGCUGGCGGCAUGUUAGAUGUACCGAGCCAAGCAUCUGGGGGUGGAAAUUACUGAAAAGGCUUUCACCUGGGCUAUGCAUAGGCAUUACUGCAUCACAAACAUUCUAUGAAUUUGCUCGGUAAAUUUGUAAAAGAAUUACUGGGCUUUAAUGUAUGGAAUAACUGGAUCCAUAUAUUACCAAAUCUACACAUGCAUAGGCAUGUCUGGGUGUAUAUAAAAAA